UUUAUUUUUAUUUUUUUUUUUUUCUACAGCAUGAUGAAUAAUAACUCAUCCUUAUCAACAAAAGAUUUCGCAUCUGAUCCAAAGAUGCAUUUUAAUGAACAAACGGGCAAAUGGUCUUACGUUGGUGAAGAUAAUGUAUCCUACGAAUAUGAUGAAAAACUUGGUGCUUGGUUCCCAAUGUUUGAUGAGAAACUAAUGCAAGAACAAGCUUCAGUUUAUGCUAUAGAAGGUGUUGAAGAAGAAGUCGUUAAGCCUAAAGAGAAAAGGAAACGUUCGACACUGGACGAUGAAUCUACUAAAAAAAUCAAACGCGAAUCAAAACCUAAUACUUCGGUCUAUGUUACUGGUAUCCCACCUGAUACCUCAGUUGAAGAAAUUAAAACAACCUUUACCAAAUGCGGCGUCAUCAUGGAAGAUCUUGAUACAGGUGAACCUAAAAUUAAGCUUUAUCGUGAUGGAAACGGUAAUCUAAAAGGUGACGCUCUCAUUACCUAUUUUAAAGAAGAGUCGGUAUCAUUAGCUAUCAAUUUAUUAGACGAUUCCGAAUUACGACCUGGUCAAAAAUCAACAAAAAUUAAUGUCCAAAAGGCAGUAUUUAAAGAAAAGGAACAGCCAACCCAGAAAAAAUCGACAGUGGGUAAAUUAAAGGCGAAAAAAAAGAUUCAACAACUCAAUAGAAAGUUUGACUGGAUUGAUGAUGAAGUUGGAAAAAAACAGGAAAAAUUUGCAAAGAUUGUGAUUUUGAAAAAUAUGUAUACACAAGAGGAAUUGGAUUCAGAUCCGACUUUAUUAUUGGAAUUGAAGGAAGAUGUGCGUGAGGAAUGUGAAAAAUUGGGUGAAGUGACAAAUGUGAUCUUGUAUGAUAAAUCCCCAGGUGGUGUUAUUUCAGUUCGAUAUAAAGAAAAAGAAAGCGCAGAUGCAUGUGUGGCUUUAAUGAAUGGUCGCUACUUUAGUGGAAGGCAAAUUUCAGCAGAAAUAUACGAUGGUAAAACACGAUAUGAAAAGAGUGGAGGAAAAUCAUCAGAAGAAGAUGAAGAAGCAGAAAAGCUUCGUUUAGAAAGAUAUGCUAAAUGGCUUGAAGAAGGUGGUGGAGAUAAAACUCCUUAAAUUAUUAUUAUGUAAUCAAAGAGUCCUAUUAAUAAAUAUAAAUAGUUUAUUUUUUUUU